UAAGAAGGAAUAAAUAUGUCUUUAUUCUAUUCCAGAUCGCCAGAAUACAGAUACUUCAAACCAUGGUUGGGAGAUGGUCUCCUUAUUUCCACCGGCCAGAAAUGGAGGGCUCACAGGAAACUCAUUGCCCCCACUUUCCACUUGAACGUGUUGAAGUCCUUCAUCGAUCUCUUCAACAAGAACAGCAGAGAAACCGUUAAGAAACUAGAAGGAACUCUUGGAAAGGAAUUCGACUGUCAUGAUUACAUGUCAGAAGCGACAGUAGAAAUCCUGUUAGAAACUGCAAUGGGUGUGAGCAAGAAGACUCAAGGCCAGAGUGGAUACGACUACGCCAUGGCCGUGAUGAAGCUGUGCGAGAUCCUCCAUCUCAGGCAUGCCAAACUCUGGUUCAGACCAGACCUCAUUUUCAACCUGACCAAUACCGCCAAGUAUCAGGAAAAAUUGAUCGGCGUUAUCCACAGUCUGACUCGCAGAGUUAUUCAGAAAAAGAAGGCUGACUUCGAACAAGGCAUCCGAGGUUCCACAGCUGAACUCCCCGACGAAUACAAAACCAGCAAACUCGAAAAGAACGUACCACUAAAAACAACCACCCUCGAGGGCACUUCCUACGGCCAGUCUGUAGGUCUCAAGGACGAUCUUGACGUAGACGAUGACGUAGGCGAAAAGAAGAGAAUGGCCUUCUUGGACUUGAUGAUCGAAGCCUCCCAAAACGGUGUCGUCAUCAACGACGAAGAAAUCAAAGAGCAAGUGGACACCAUCAUGUUCGAAGGUCACGACACCACAGCCGCUGGUUCCAGUUUCUUCCUGUGCCAGAUGGCUGCCCAUCCAGAGAUACAAGAGAAGGUUGUGCAGGAGUUGGAUGAGAUCUUCCAGGGAUCGGACAGGAUGGCUACUUUCGCCGAUACGUUGGAAAUGAAGUAUUUGGAGAGGUGUCUUUUGGAAACUCUGAGGUUGUUCCCUCCAGUACCUAUUAUUGCGCGUCAGCUUCAGCAGGAUGUUAAAUUGGCUUCUAAUCCAAAUUUGACUCUUCCUUCUGGAGCCACCAUUGUCAUUGCUCAGUUCAAAGUCCACCGUCUGGAAGAAAUUUACGGCCCCAAUCCAGACAAGUUCGACCCAGAUAACUUCUUGCCAGAAAGAGCAGCCAACAGGCACUACUACGCGUUCAUUCCUUUCAGUGCUGGACCUAGGAGUUGUGUCGGUCGCAAAUACGCCAUGUUGAAACUGAAAAUCCUUCUAUCCACCAUCCUACUAAACUACAAGAUCAAAUCCAACUACAAGGAGGAAGACUACAAACUACAGGGUGAUAUUAUUCUUAAGAGAGCGGACGGAUUCAAGAUUUCCUUGGAGCGCAGAAAGCCCUUAAGUGCCACUGCCUAA